UCCCUAAACACAGUUAUGGUUGAGGAACUGUAUGCGUUACGCUGGUUAUUUCUGACAAAGAGGAAACGAAAACUUCUCUUUCUUAGCAUCCUUUCGUUGUUGGUAAAUAUAUAUACAUAAUUAUAACAGAGCAACAAUGUCGCAUUUUGUAACAACUCGGUAUAAUUAUACCUAGCGUUGAGUGUUAGCUCAAAUUUAUGUCUACAGCUCUUUUAAAGAGUGUUAUGUAUAUGGCGUUGUGUAAACCGUGUCCAGUUUUGUGAAGAGGACUGGACCGCGCUCAGAUAAGCGCUCUGACGCUCUGCAAGCGCUCAGGAAACAGUUGUUCUACUGUUUUGGUCCAUGGAAAUCUCGUCGAUCCUUGGUGUUCGUCUGUCCUUAAAGCAACGAUAUUUUCUCCUGCUUUGCAUCGGUGCUCUGGCAAUAGUUGCUUAUCAAAUUACAAGAGACCAUCCACAAAGAGCAAGAAUGAAGCGCAUAGAAGGACUGAGAGCCAACUCUUCACAGUUCAGCUUGGAGAAACAACCCUUCCGCAUCCUGGGAGGCUCUGUCCAUUACUUCCGUGUCCCCAGGACCUACUGGGAGGACCGACUGCUGAAGAUGAAAGCUUGCGGCAUCAACACUCUUACAACCUAUGUACCAUGGAACCUGCAUGAACCAGAGCGAGGGGUGUUUGACUUUGAGGAGGAUCUGGAUUUAGAAGCCUACCUUCGCAUUGCAGCCAGCUUGGGCCUCUGGGUGAUUUUGCGCCCUGGGCCAUACAUCUGUGCUGAAUGGGACUUUGGUGGACUGCCUAGUUGGCUGCUAAGAGAUCAAAAUAUGAAGCUGAGAACGACCUACUCAGGAUUCACAGAUGCAGUCAACUCCUUUUUUGAUGAACUCAUAAAGAAAGUUACUCCAUAUCAGUACUCCCAGGGUGGCCCGAUCAUAGCAGUUCAAGUUGAGAAUGAAUAUGGCUCCUACGCUAAAGACGAUAAGUACAUGCCUUUCAUAAAGGAGGCAUUAUUGUCCAGAGGCAUCACAGAGCUGCUCCUGACCUCUGACAACAAGGACGGUCUGAAGCUCGGAGGAGUGAAAGGAGCACUGGAAACGAUCAAUUUCCAGAGACUGGACAUAAACGAGAUCAAGUAUCUGGAUGAAAUUCAACCUCAGAAACCUAAGAUGGUUAUGGAGUACUGGUCUGGCUGGUUUGAUCUCUGGGGAGGCCUUCAUCAUGUGUUCCCUGCUGAGGACAUGGUCUCGGUUGUCAGAGAAAUCCUGAAGCUGGACAUGUCAAUCAACCUGUACAUGUUUCAUGGAGGGACCAAUUUUGGCUUCAUGAAUGGUGCAUUUGCUGUUGGGCUGCCAGCACCUGAACCCAUGGUGACAAGCUAUGAUUACGAUGCUCCAUUAUCCGAGGCCGGGGAUUACACCACCAAGUAUCAUCUUCUGAGGAAUUUAUUCAGCAGCUACCACAACCAACCACUUCCUGAACUACCUGCCACUCAAGAAAGGAGAGCCCAUCAGUCUAUUGUCGUCCAGCAGCAUCUCUCUCUUUGGGACAGUUUCCAUUCAACUGAAAGGCCUUUCAAAUCUGAGAGGCCAAUGAACAUGGAGAACCUCCCUGUCAACAACAAUAAUGGCCAGUCCUACGGCUACACACUGUAUGAGACGGUCAUCACCAGCGGAGGAACUCUCAACUCAAAGAACAACAUCAGAGACAGAGCACUGGUUUUUGUGGACAAACAAUACGUUGGUAUUUUGGACUAUAAGGUGCAGGAACUUGUAGUACCUGAUGGGAAGGGAAGCAGAACUCUGGGCUUUCUGGUGGAGAACUGUGGAAGGGUGAAUUAUGGAAUGACUCUGGAUGAGCAGCGCAAAGGUCUUGUUGGUGAUGUUGAGUUAAACUUGAACGUCCUCCGAGGCUUCAUUAUUCAUAGUUUGGAUAUGAAACCAGGCUUUGUAAAAAGCCUUCAUACUACAGGCUCCUGGGUGCCUAUGCAGCAGCAGCCUUCAUUCCCGGCCUUUUUUCAGGGCAAACUUUACGUGAACAGCUCUCCUAAAGACACCUUCAUCAAACUUCCCGGAUGGACCAAAGGGGUUGUGUUUAUAAAUGGCAGGAAUUUGGGACGAUACUGGUCUAUUGGACCGCAACAAACACUUUAUGUCCCAGGGCCGUGGCUUCACAAAGGAGACAACCAGGUCAUGGUGUUUGAAGAGCAGGAAGCAGAUGGUAGACUCCAGUUCACCAACAGCCCUGACUAUGGCAUGACUGUUGAUGUCUAGUGAGGAUAAGAGGAGAGCGUAUGCUAAGGAAGCAUGAGCAGAGCAGACAUGACUGCUGUUGGUUAUGUUUACAUGGAUCUGGACCGCCUGCCCUAGUCAGCAGCACCAAGGUGUCAAGAAAACUUUUAAUUGAUUUUCCUAGUUUGUCUUACUGGUCAUAUUCAUGGCAUGUUGUUAUAUUUAGUUGACAGGUAUCAUUCAGUCUUUGUUGAAAAGAUAAAUCAAUAAAGUCUGGUUUGCCCUCUGUUUGUAACCAAGGCCAGGGAAGCUUGUGAGCUAUUUAUUUUUUCUCCAUCCCUUCCUGCCUCAUCCUUUGAUGAUGCUCUGAAAGCCUCUGCAGGGAAAUCAAGGUUACAAAAUCGCUUUGAGGGUGGUUUUUUUCUUUUCUUUUUUUUGUAAACUUUACACCAUGAUGCUCGUUUCUUGAAAUAUUUUUGCUGCGGUUGUUUUUGACUAAAAAAACCCUUUAGAUAUCUGUCUGAUUCCAACUACCUUACAGUGCUUUUAAAAAUGUAUUCACAUCUCUGAAGCAAAAACUUUCAUUGUAUUUUAUUGGGAUUUUAUUUGAUAACAGUAGUGCACAGUUGUAAAGUGGAAGAAAGUAAUACACAAUUUUUUUGGCCCAAUGAAUUUAUGAAAAGUAUGGCAUGUUUAUGUAUUCAACAGCUCUGAGUAAAUACUUUGUAGAACCUUUUAACAGCAGCAGCGUUUUCACUUGAUGGAUUGGACUGUGCUCUGUGAAAUGUCCAAAUCUAGGAUCAACGGGAUCGUAACACACAUAGACUCAACAGUUUUACGGGAAAACCUCAUAUCCUUUUCCUUUCACUUCACAACAUAAAAUUUUGUGCCAGGCAACACAUAAAAUCCCAGUGAAAUAUGUCAAAGUUUGUGGUUGUAGUGUGAGGAAAAAAAUGGGAAAAAAUUCUGAGGUAAUGAAUAUAUUUGGAAUCCACUUGUAGCACCUUUUAUAUUAUCAUUAAUUAAACAGAUGCAAAAAGUACUUUAGUUAAUAAGUAAUGAAGUGAUAAAUACUAGAUGACAAUUCAGAUUCGCUAUCUCUGUGUUGUAAAAAAAAAAAAAGCUACAGUUCAUACAGUUCAACAUGCUUGUUUUGGUCAGUAACCUAUUUUAAAUCUGCAGCCCUAAAGGACUGACUCCUUGGGACUGAAAUACAUACAGUUUGGUUAAAACCCCCCACAUCUUCUGGAAACAACACUCUGGGCUACAUGAAGUUUUUCUCAGUUAUUUAUUUAUCUUGAUUCAACUAACAUAUGUCUGAGAGAGCUGCUGUGGCAAAUAAACAACCUUAAGAGUCACAUGCAUAAAAAGUGAAUGAGAACAGGUGAUGUGGAGAUGAUAAAAAAAGACUAUGUGUAAAGUGUAUUGUGCCUUAGAGGAUGUUGGUGUUUGCUGUGGAAAGGCUGGUUAAGUAAACUAUUGCUUUAUGCAGUGAUUGUUAGAAAUAAAAAAAAGAAUCAAAUGUGAAGAGAUUUUGUAACAUGUUCAAGGCGAAGCCCUUUCAAUUGUUCUGCUGCUCUAUGACACAACACACAAAAUUACAUCACAUAACCGUAUUCAACCAGUCCGACCACAUGCUGAUCUGUACACUGCAGUAUCAUUAGUCAGUCUGCACCUUGACAAAAGCAAUAUCCAGAAAACAAGAACAGUAAUUUACUUUCCCCCCGAAUCUUGGUCAGGGGGGAACAAGCAACACCUGUUGUCAUUAUGUUUCUAUACACCCCGGCAUUUUUCCACUUCAGACCACAAGUAUUGUUUUGUUUUGGGGCCAAACACUUCAGGUGGAUUCUUUCAUUAGAAACGCGUUCAGGUGGAACAUGAUUAUCAGCGUCGUGCCACCAUCCUGUUAACGAUCUACAUAAUCCACGUAUGCUGUGUGAGAGCGUGCUUUUCUAGAGAGAUAAAAAGAAAAACAGCAGCCGCUGUAAUUAAAUUGCACAUCCAAAGUUGAAAUAAAUAUAUAAAUAAAUAUAUUAAAUUUUGACACUGAAUAAAUAACUGGAGGGUAGCUGGUGAUGUUCAUGGCUAAUCCCUGCGCAGGGGUAAUAUCAUGCGGUCAAUGAAAGCAGCCCAGCAUGGUUAGAGAGAUACAGCCAUUUUUCUGCAUGUGUGUCUAAUCGGUGCCAAGUAAAAUGUGUAAUAACUUGGAUUCUCUUGCUGAGCUUUAGAAUAACAUCUGGUUACGUUUUUCUUCUUUUUGUAUUGUGCAGCAGUUAACAUUACAUUCUGCCUCAUAGGUUAGGGAGCUGCACAGAAGAAGUCAGGCAAAGCACUGAGGCUUAGUGUUUAAAUUAUCUCCAGUUUCUACAGCGGGACAGCAAUAGAUAAGGACCACCACUGGGUAUUGCAGAUGGAUGAUCUGUCAAGCAGAGGAGAGAUUCCAUUAUAUUGUGAGGUGUGGAAUAACUUUGUAAAAAUGAUCAGCUGUACUGCAUGAUUACUACUGAUGUCUAUCGUUAGGGCUGCAGAUACUCUCCUCGGUGGUCCAGUUAAUGUUUGACAUGAGGCUACGUAAUAAUGCAUCAGAUACUACCAGCUGUACUAAAGAUACUGGGUCCACAUUGCAACCAGACGAAAAAAAAAAAAAAUUAAAAAAUA